CAAGAAGAUGACAAAGUGUUGAAGUUAGUCCAGAAGAAAUUCUGUGCCAGUGGACCAUAUGCUGGGGAGGAUUUCCCCAUGUGGAUGGUCCCUAUAAGUAUUUGUACGAGUGAUGACCCCACCCGUGCCAAAAUGCAAAUAUUGAUGGACAAACCAGAGCUCACCGUGGUUUUGAAAGACGUCAAACCAGACCAGUGGGUGAAGUUAAACCUUGGAACAGUUGGGUUUUACCGUACUCAGUAUAGCCCUGACAUGCUGGAGAGUUUAAUACCAGCGAUCAAAGACCUCUCCCUACCCCCUGUGGACAGGCUUGGCCUGCAGAAUGAUCUUUUCUCACUGGCCCGAGCUGGAAUCAUUAGCACUGUAGAGGUUCUAAAAGUCAUGGAAGCUUUUGUGAAUGAGCCCAAUUAUACUGUGUGGAGCGACCUCAGCUGUAACCUGGGGAUUCUCUCAACUCUCUUGUCCCACACAGACUUCUAUGAGGAAAUCCAGGUGUUCGUGAAAGAUGUCUUUUCACCAAUAGGGGAGAGACUGGGAUGGGACCCCAAACCUGGAGAGGGUCACCUAGAUGCCCUUCUGAGAGGUCUGGUCUUGGGCAAACUAGGAAAAGCUGGGCACAAGGCAACGUUAGAAGAAGCCAGACGUCGAUUUAAGGACCAUGUGGAAGGAAAACAUAUUCUGUCAGCUGAUCUGAGGAGUCCUGUAUAUGUAACUAUUUUGAAGCAUGGAGAUAGUACUACUUUAGACACUAUGCUGAAGCUUCACAAGCAAGCAGACAUGCAGGAGGAGAAGAACCGAAUUGAACGAGUUCUUGGAGCCAUCUCUCAACCAGAACUGAUUCAAAAAGUUCUCACCUUUGCACUUUCAGAAGAGGUACGUCCCCAGGACACGGUAUCUGUUAUUGGUGGAGUAGCUGGAGGCAGCAAGCAGGGGAGGAAAGCUGCUUGGAAAUUUGUAAGGGACAAUUGGGAGGAACUUUAUAAUCGAUACCAAGGUGGAUUCUUAAUAUCCAGACUAAUAAAGCUAACAGUGGAUGGAUUUGCAAAUGAUAAAAUGGCCGCAGAAGUUAAGGCCUUCUUUGAGAGUCACCCAGCUCCAUCUGCAGAACGCACUGUCCAGCAGUGCUGUGAAAAUAUUCUGCUGAAUGCAGCUUGGCUGAAACGAGACGCCGAGAACAUCCACCAAUAUUUUCUGCAGCGCAAGGCCCCGCCAGCCAUGGUGUGA